AUGUCCUCUUCGUCUGCUGAUAUUUUCGAAAAGUUGCUUCCGAGAGCAAUAGGAUCAAGAAGUCUUUCUUUUCUUUCGGGAGAAGGAAACGAUUCAUCAUCAUCUACGACAUCAAUGGACCUGCUAAUAUCUCCACCACGAUUAUCAAAUGUGUUGCGUGAAAAGACUAUUGGUAAUAAUUCUUUGCAAUUGUUUGAUGAGACAAAAUCAUAUUAUGAAUUAUUUCCAGCGAUUGAAAACAAGAGAAAGAAGAACGCUGAAGAUGAUUUGGUAAAAUUUGGAUUAACUUGGGAUAGUUUCAUCAAACCAAAAAUUUCCUUCUCUCAACCUUCACGUAAAGUGAACGCGAAUUUUGAUAAAAGAAUUGAAGAACAGAACGGAAGAAAUUUGUUGGACCACUUUUUGACAGCGAUCGAAGAGAAUUUGCGCUUGGAUCAAGUGUCAUCCAACAAAUAUGGAGUUGCAAGUGGCUUAUCGAAAGGACAGCUUGCUUGUUUGAUCGCCAAACAACUCUAUAUUGCCAAAAGAAAGUUUAAGAACAAUUUGAGUGUUAAAAGUGUCUUUAAAGAUUUACAGAACAUGGGUAUUGGUUUGACAUUAGAUCCUAAAAUUCAAAAACUUGUUCAAACUGUAAAAGAAGAAAAUGUUAUCAAGGUUAUCCAAUAUUUAGAAAAAGUCGUUGAUUGGAUUGACAGAUUUGCAAAACCUGGACUACAUGAAGAGGAAGAACGAAGAUACUCCAAAAUAGAAAAGGUACUCAUUGGAACUGGUGAAUCGAAGAAUACCAACACUCAUUUUGUUACAUCUGAAAGUGAGAAUGAUGACAACGGCAUUGAUAUUGAUGAGAAUGUAGAAUUCGGAUCUAUGGAUGAUGCUGAGCACUCCGCACAUUUAUAUCACCAAUUUAGACCUCUUGUGGUAUUCUCUAAGAGUCAACUUGAGAAUGUGUUGGAUCAAACAAAUUUAUUUUCACAUAUUUCUCAAGAAGAUGAAGAUAUUUAUGACGAAAACGAAGAAGAAGAGGAAGAACCAACAUCCAUGUUCAGCAUGGAAUGGCUUGAAAAAGAAUGCAAAAAAGUUUGUAAAACAGCAGGAAUUGAAAAUGCUGUUAUGGAAUUGUUGCAAAAGAAGGGCCAAAGCGAUGUUGAACUUCAAUCACGACUGUUUGACAUUCUUGGAGAAAACGCUUUCGAGUUAAUGUCAAUUAUUAUGGAACACAAGUCAGAGCUUUUGAAAGAUUUUUACAAACGACAAAUGGAAGAAAAUGCCGUUGAAGGUAUCAACUCUUUCUCUCAUAUCAAGAUGACCACUUCAAAAUUCAAAGAAGCUAAAAAGGGUUUGAGAAAAGCAGGUAAAAAACUUGGAAGAAAACAUCAAAAAAAAAUCAAUCUUUCUGGUGGCGGUGUUAAUUUGAACGAACAACUUGAAUUGAAAGAACUAUAUCAAAAAUUCAAAAAAGAAAAGGAUCGUACAGUUUUGAAGGAAGGAGAAGGAGAAGCAAGAGUUUUGAAAUUAGGAAGAGAUGUCAUUCCAGAAGACAAGAAUGAAGCUGACAAGGAAACACAAGAACGUGUCAUUAGACAACAAACCUAUGAAGAACACGUUUUUCCAGCUCCAAAACCACGUCAAGAUACUCAACCUUUGGUACCUAUUUCAGUUUUUGAGGACUGGGCACAACUUGCAUUUAAGGGAUACACUCAUCUUAACCGUGUUCAAUCUGAUGUUUUCUACUCAGCUUACAAAACCUCAGAAAAUUUACUAAUUUGUGCACCAACAGGAUGUGGUAAAACAAACGUUGCUAUGUUAACAGUAUUGAGAGAGAUUGGACAACAUUUCAGAGGUGGAAAAAUAAGACGUGAAGAAUUUAAAAUUAUUUAUAUUGCUCCUAUGAAAGCUUUAGCAGCUGAAAUGGUCGAAAACUUUUCAAAGAGACUUGCUCCGUUAGGUAUUGUUGUAAAAGAAAUGACUGGAGAUAUGCAACUUACAAAGCAAGAGGUUCAACAAACUCAAAUGAUUGUCACAACUCCCGAGAAAUGGGAUGUGACUACAAGAAAAGCUACUGAUCAGGCACUCAUUCAACUCACUCGAUUAAUCAUCAUUGACGAAGUUCAUCUACUGAAUGAAGAUAGAGGUCCAGUCAUUGAAUCCAUUGUUGCAAGAACAUUACGACAAAUGGAAACUACUCAAUCAUUAAUUAGAUUAGUUGGUCUUUCUGCUACAUUACCAAAUUAUAUGGACGUUGCUCACUUCUUGAGAGUGAACCCUCAUUCAGGAUUACAUUUCUUUGAUGGAUCUUAUAGACCUGUACCUCUUGAACAGAGUUUUAUUGGUGUUAGUUUAAGAAAUCCAAUUCAAAGAAGUCAAGAAUAUAACAAUAUUGCUUAUAAUAGAGCUCUUAAGAAUUUGAAGAAACAAAAACAAGUAAUGGUAUUUGUACAUUCAAGAAAAGAAACUUCAACUACCGCAAAAGCAUUACUAGAUUUAGCAAUGCAAGAAGGUACUUUAGAGUUUUUCACUCAAGGAGUUCCUGAAAAUGAACAUACAAAGAAAUGGGUAACCAAAGCCUUGGAGAAAUGUCAUAAUAGAGAAUUGAAAGAUUUAGUUCCAAAAGGGCUUGGUAUUCACCAUGCUGGUUUAGUAAGAUCUGACAGAAACCUUGUUGAAAAAUUAUUUGCUGAAGGUGUUAUUAGAGUUCUCUGUUGUACAUCAACACUUGCUUGGGGUGUAAACUUACCUUCCUAUUGCUGUAUUAUCAAAGGAACAGAAGUCUAUAAUGCAGAAAAAGGUCAAAUGACUGAACUUGGAAUGUUAGAUAUUAUGCAAAUUUUCGGUCGUGCUGGUAGACCUCAAUUUGAUGUUGAAGGUGAAGGUGUAAUCAUCACUAGUUAUGACCAAUUACCACGAUAUUUGAACUUACUCAAACGUAAUUUACCAAUUGAAUCACAAAUGACCCAAGAUUUAGCAAAUCAUUUGUGUGCAGAAAUUGUUUUAGGUACCGUAUCCAAUGUGAGAGAAGGUUCUCUAUGGUUGAAUUACACCUAUCUAUUUUUAAGAAUGAGACAAAAUCCAAUGAACUAUGGACUUACAUUUGAAGAAGUUCAACUUGAUCCUACUUUAACUGGUACAAGAAGAACACUUAUUGAAAAAGCUUGUAAGGUUCUUCAAGACAGCAAAAUGAUUAUCUAUGAUGAAAAAACAGGAGUUGUUUCAGCAACCGAUCUUGGACGUAUUGCUUCUCAUUAUUACAUCCACUAUGAAACAAUUCAACUCUAUAACGAAAAGUUACAUGCUAAUUUAUCUGAAUCUGAUGUGUUACAAAUUGUUGCAAGCGCUCGUGAAUUCAAAAAUAUCAAAGUUAGAGAGGAUGAAAGCGAAGAGUUACAAGAAUUAUGUACAAACUCUCCUGUUCAAGUUAAAGGAUUGAACGAUUAUACUGGAAAGGUCAACGUCAUGAUACAAAGUUACAUUUCACAUGUAAAGAUCAAAAACUCUUCCUUGAUAUCAGAUUGCGCUUUCAUUGUACAAAGUGUAGGAAGAAUUGUUAGAGCUCUCUUUGAAAUUGCUGUCAAGGAACGAUGGUCAUCAUUGAUGGACAAACUUUUAACUCUGACAAAAUGUAUCGAUAGAAGACAAUGGGUUUUCGAACAUCCUUUAAGACAAAUACCAAAAUUACCAUCUUACACUAUUCAAAAACUUGAAAGUAAGAAAUUAACACUUUCUAGAUUGGUGGAAUAUGAAGAAUCAGAGCUUGAUCAAGUUAUCAAUGUUAAAGGAAUGGGAAGAGUGGUUAUGGAAGCAAUUGAUAAAUUCCCUAAUCUUGAUUUGGAAGCAAACGUUCAACCAAUCACAAGAUCAGUUUUGCGAUUCCAAGUUAAAAUCAGACCAAACUUUACAUGGGACAAAAAACUUCAUGGAGAAACUGAACCAUGGUGGAUUUGGGUUGAAGAUGAAAAUUCAGAAUAUAUUUAUCACUCUGAAUAUUUCCUAUUGAAACAAUCAGAACAUGAAAAGAUGAUGAAAGAAUCUAAAGGUGAAGAGGAUGACCCAUGUUUCACUUUGAACUUUGUUGUUCCAUUUAAAGAAGAUCCACGACCACUAUAUUUCAUUAUUCGUGCAGUUUCAGAUAAGUGGAUUAGUGCUGAAGCUCAAUUAACGAUUAACAUUAAGGAUAUUAUUUUACCCGAAGGUUUUGCUCCAAGUACACCAUUAUUGCCACUUGAUCCACUUCCAGUAACUGCUCUCAAUAAUCCAAAUUAUGAAAAACUCUUUACAGAUAAGGGAAUUAAGUAUUUCAAUCCUGUUCAAACACAAAUCUUCCACAUGGCUUACCAUUCUGAUGAAAAUAUUUUGGUGGGUGCUCCAACUGGUUCAGGAAAGACCUCAAUUGCAGAAUUGUGUAUGAUGAGAUUGUUUACUUUGAAACCUCAAUCUAAAGUUAUUUAUAUUGCCCCAUUGAAAGCCCUUGUAAGAGAACGAUUGACUGAAUGGGAAAAGAAAUUUGUUCAAAAACUUGGAAAAAGAAUGGUUGAAUUGACAGGUGAUUUCACUCCUGAUGUCAAGUUAUUGAAGCAAGCUGAUAUUGUCAUUACCACACCUGAGAAAUGGGAUGGUAUUUCCAGAAAUUGGCAAAAUAGAUCCUAUGUUAGAGAUGUUGGACUCAUUGUCAUGGAUGAAAUUCAUUUACUUGGAAGUGAGAGAGGUGCAAUUCUUGAAGUUAUUACAUCACGUAUGAGAUACAUUUCUUGGAAUACUCAAACACCAAUUCGUAUGAUGGGUCUCAGCACCAAUAUGGCCAAUGCUACUGAUUUGGCUGAUUGGUUAGGUGUCACUCAAAGAGGUCUAUUCAACUUUAGAAGUUCAGUUCGACCUGUUCCAUUACAAAUCAGUAUUUCUGGAUUUAGUGGAAAGAAUUAUUGUCCUCGAAUGAACUCUAUGAAUAAGCCAGCAUAUCAAGCUAUUUUGAGACAUUCCAAUAACAAGCCAUGUCUUAUUUUCGUAUCAUCAAGAAGACAAACCAGAUUAACAGCUAUGGAUUUAAUUGCAUAUUGUACUGUUGAUGAAAAUCCUCAAAGAUUUUUGAACAUGAAUAAUGAUGAGCUGAUUCAGGUUUGUGAGUUAGCUCGUGACACUAAUCUCAAACAAUUUUUAACGUAUGGUAUUGGAAUUCACCAUGCUGGUUUAACUCCAUCAGAUAAGAAACUUGUUGAAGAAUUGUUUUUGAAUGGUAAAAUUCAGGUUCUCAUUGCUACCGCAACAUUGGCUUGGGGUGUCAAUUUGCCAGCCUACUUUGUCAUUAUUAAGGGAACUGAAUACUUUGAUCCAAAAACUAAGCGAUAUGAGGAUUAUCCACUUGUUGAUGUGUUGCAAAUGGCAGGUCGUUCUGGUCGUCCUGGAUUUGACGAAGAAGGAAGAGUAUUUAUCAUGGUUCAUGAUGUGAAAAAGAAUUUUUACAAGAGAUUCCUCUAUGAGCCAUUCCCAAUCGAAUCAAGCUUACACACUCAAUUACAUGAUCACAUUAAUGCUGAAAUUGUAUCAGGUACCAUCAAGACAAAACAAGAUUGUUUGGAUUAUUUAACAUGGACAUUUAUGUUCCGUCGUUUAGUUCAAAAUCCUUUUUAUUACGGUAUUGAAGAUUUAUCUUAUGAAGGUCUUAAUAAGUGGUUAUCGAAUAAGAUUUCUGAAAUUAUUGACGACUUGGAAUUUGCUGGACUUGUGAAGGCCACAGAUUUAUCUAUGGAUAAGAAGAAACUUUUACAAGUUAUGGCUACUGAGUCUGGAAAUACCUUUGGUACCAUGACAGCAGAGAAGGAAAAGUCUGAAAAAGAAAAACAAAAGAGAAAGGGAAUUUAUUUAGAACCUACUGCUACAGGUAUUAUUGCCAGUUACUAUUAUCUAUCAUAUAGAACUGCAUCUCAUUUCAACAGACUUAUUAGACCUGAUUCUAACAUCAAUUAUCUAUUGGAACUGCUUUGUGAAGCCAAAGAGUUUGCUGAAAUUCCAGUUCGACAUAAUGAAGACAAGUUAAACAAGGAAUUGAGCGAGGUGGUGCCAUUAGGAAGUUAUUUAUAUGAUUAUGAAUCUCCUCAUGUGAAAUGUUACUUGUUGUUGCAAGCUCACUUCGAACGAGUCAAAUUACCAAUUGUAGAUUAUAUUACCGAUACUAGAACUGUACUAGACUCAACUAUUCGUAUUGCACAAGCAUAUAUUGACAUUUGUGCUGAGAAAGGUUAUUUACAAGCGUCUUUAAAUAUGAUGCAUAUUUUACAAAUGAUUAUGCAAGCGAGAUGGGAGAAAGACUCAACUUUAUUCCAAUUAUUUAGUAACUUGCCAUGUCCACGUGAAAACACUAACACGAAUGAUGAAAUUUAUCAACUUGUCGAAUUAUUAGGAAUUAAGGAAAAUAUUACUGAAUUGAAACAAUUACUCUCCAUUCGAUACUCUUCAAAGAAUGGAGAAAAUUCUUUACAGCAAUUGCUUUCCAAGUAUACAAAGAAGAAUAGUUUAGUGAGCAACAUUAUGAAAAUCAUUGAUGAAUUUCCAUAUUUAACUGUUCGUGUGGAUCAAGUAUUGCAUGACGAAGAAGAGCACAAGAUUGAAGUGAACAUUAUUAUUGAAAGAAUAAGCAAAUCAAAAGAGCAAGCUUAUACUCCCAUGUAUACCAAGCAGAAAGAUGAAGGAUUUUGGCUCAUUGUUUCAAAUCCAACCAAUCAAGAACUGUUAGCCAUGAAGAGAGUGAGAGCCAAUAAGAAAAUCAAUCCUACAGAAAUUUAUCUUCCAAUUACUGAGAACGAUAAGGAAUUGGAAAUUCGUGUAGUUCCCGAUUGUUAUUUAGGUUUGGACACGAGUGCUAAAUUCUUGUGCAAGAUUCAAACACAAUAA